AUGCUCAUACUUCUGGUACCCAAGCCUCCGAGGCUGCGAGGGGACGCCUUUUUGAGCCACCUCGAGGUUCGAGGUUGCACUGUGGAAAUGGGCCCCAUCAUGCUCCCCCCCCCCCUCCCAUCCACACCGGGCUCGCCUACUAAGAAGAGGGGCGGGCGCACCGGGGCCGAUGGAACGCCCCGGUCUGAAGGCCAAGUUGAAAAGUUGAACCUGGAACGGCGGACCGGGAUCUACCACAAAGCGGCACUGUUCCCCGGACGCAAGUAUCCUGGCUUGUGCGUCCGGACCAGAAAGCAUCGUUGUGCGAUUCUGGCUUGCGCAACCCGCUCUCGCACAUACAAUACCACCCACCCUUCUCCUGGUGACGUGACGCUCUCGACGUCGUCGACGCUGCCGCUGCGAAAUACAUAG